AUGGACUCCCCCAUCGUGGCCCAGGUCUUUCGACAGCUGUUCCGACAUCCAGCAUGCCAAUCGCAACGGAACCUUGCGGCACUGUCGUCAUGCAUCCAACAUGGUCGACGCAUACAGCAGCAGAGGAGGAGCAUGUCCCAUCGUCCAGGCUUUCGAGGGGCCAAGCCACCACAGAAGCCGAAUGAGAGCGACUGGCAGCAGCGGACCGAGCUGGUCCAGGUCAAUAUGACCGAAGAAUACAAGUCUUACCCCAUAGUCACGGCGGAUGAGCUACGGAGCCGAACUGAGAGGCCCAGGAAGGUCAAGAUGCUGAUGCGAGACUUCAUAGAAGACAGUCUAUACAACCCCUCCUACGGCUACUUCUCCAAGCAAGCCGUCAUCUUCUCUCCCGGAGAGCCUUUCGAUUUCCUCUCGCUUCGCGACGAACCCGCCUUCUUCUCGGAGCUCAGUCAGCGCUGGAUCGAGUUCGAACAAGAUUUGGACUCUAAGCUCGAGAUGCCCAAUGAAACGCGGCAGCUUUGGCACACCCCGACAGAGCUGUUUAGGCCCUACUACGGCGAAGCAAUUGCUCGCUACCUCAUGUCCAAUUACAUCAUGUCGACAUAUCCGUACCACGAUCUCAUUGUCUACGAAAUGGGAGCAGGUCGGGGAACCUUGAUGCUGAAUAUCUUGGACUACAUACGAUCAGUAGAACCCUCUGUGUACGACCGCAUAAAAUAUAAGAUCAUUGAGAUUAGUCCGUCGCUGGUCGCCAUUCAGAACUCGCAACUUCUCGCCACAGCUGCAAGUCGUGGCCAUGCCGACAAGGUCGAGAUUAUUAACCGCUCCAUCUUCGAUUGGAACGAUCGUGUACCGUCGCCUUGUUUCUUCAUCGCGCUCGAAGUCUUUGACAAUUUCGCACAUGACAUCAUCCGUUACGAUUUGACAACAGAGCAGCCGCUGCAGGGCAUGGUGCUCAUAACGGCCGAAAAUGACUUCUACGAGUUCUACGAGCCCGUGUUGGAUUCCGUUGCUGCGCGGUUCCUGCGCGUACGGCAUGCAGCGACAGGCGGUCAAUAUCGCGUACCAUAUCCCAACAGCAAGCUCCUUCGCUGGGCACGGAGCCAGAUGCCAUUCGCGCCCAACCUGAGCGAGGCCGAAUAUAUACCUACGCGACUAAUGCAAUUCUUCGAUAUACUCGAGAAGUAUUUCCCCGCUCAUAGGCUCGUCACGAGCGAUUUCCACAAAUUGCCGGAUACCGUCAAGGGCUUGAACAGUCCCGUAGUGCAAACGCGAUAUCAAGGACGGAUGGUGCCUGUCAGGACACCGCUAGUUCACCAGGGAUACUUUGAUAUUCUGUUCCCCACGGACUUCAGGGUAACCGAAGCCAUCUACGGCGCUAUUACGGGGAAGCUCACUCGCGUCAUGUCGCAUGAGCAUUUCAUGCAAUCGUGGGCAUAUGUUGAGGAUACGCAGGUGCAGAGCGGGGAGAAUCCCCUAUUGACCUGGUACAAGAACGCCAGUGUCAUGGUUACUGUAUGA